CGCCGCUUGGUGCGUCACUUGCGAAGCGAGUCUUGCCCGAGCAAGAUGCCUCGGAAGCCGGCCGCCGGCAAGGGUCCCCGGGGACGCGAACCACGCGGCCGGAAGGCCAAGGGUGAGGAGAAGGAGGCAGAUGUCCUUGAAGAUGAGAAACCCCCAAAGAAGAGUCUGCUCUCAAAGGUCUCACAAGGAAAGAGGAGGAGAGGCUGCAAUGAUCCUGGGGGCCCAGCAGAUGGUCCGGCAAAAAAGAAAGUGGCCAAGGUGACUGUUAAAUCGAAAAACCUCAAAGUUAAAAAGGAUGAAGCCUUCAGUGAUGGGGAAGAUUUCAGAGACUUUACAAGUGUGUGCAAGAAGGCACACCAUCCAGAGAGAGAGUCUGCUGUGGACAAAGACAGCCAUGAAGGAGACAAUGAGGAAGAAAGUGAAGAUGAUUGGGAAGAGGUAGAAGAACUUAGUGAGCCCAUGCCAGAUGAUAUGGGAGAAAAUGCAGCCUUCUCUCAAUCUCUUCUGCCUGUGAAACCAGUGGAGAUAGAGAUUGAAACACCGGAGCAGGCGAAAGCAAGAGAAAGAAGUGAAAAAAUACAGAUGGAGUUUGAGACAGCUCUUCGGAGGCUAAUGAAACGUUUCAGUAAAGAAGUCCAGGAGGGCACACAUAAGGUUCACCUUCUGUGCCUGUUAGCAAAUGGCUUCUAUCGAAAUAGCAUCUGUAACCAGCCCGAUCUGCAGGCCAUUAGCCUCUCCAUCAUCCCAACUCACUUUACCACAGUGCUUCCUCAAGAUGUGGAUAUCUGCUACCUUUCAAACCUGAUGAAAUGGUUCAUUGGAACAUUUACAGUAAACCCUGACCUUUCCAUCAGUGAGCAAGACAGCCUACAGACUACAUUGGAAAGGAGAUUUGCGAUUUACUCUGCACGAGAUGAUGAAGAAUUGGUUCACAUAUUUUUACUGAUUCUCCGGGCCCUGCAGCUCCCAACGCGACUGGUAUUGUCCCUACAGCCACUUCCUCUAAAGUUAUCAGCAGCCAAGGGAAAGAAACCUAAAGAGAGAUCCCCAGAGGGUCCUGGAGGCUCGUCAGAAACUUCCAGCCAAGUCUCAGAAAACCAAACCAAACCAAAGACCAGCAGAAAAAACAGAAAAGAGGACACUUCUUCUAAGGGCACCAGCCGUCCAAAUGCCAAAGGGAAGAGGAGCAAGGCAGCAGCCAUCGGGAAGAAAGGGAGAGAGCCCUCCUCCAGCGGGGAAGAAGAGGGCAAGGCAGAAGAGCAGGCUGAGGAAACCCAGAGAUAUAUGCGUGGUCGGAAGCGGCAGGUGGCCACCAGGGUGUCUUACAAAGAGGAGAGUGGGAGUGACAAGGCCAGCAGUGGCUCUGACUUUGAGCUCUCCAGUGCGGAAGCCCGUCAUUCAUCUGAUGAGGAUUCUGAGCCUGGCCUUCCAAGGCAGAGGAGGGCCCUGGCCCCUCAGAGGACAAAGGCAGGGUCCAAAAAUGAAUCCAGGACCCAGUGUGGAAGUCACUCUAAGCACCCUGGCUUUCCAGCAGCAUCCACAAGUUCUUCAAGCAGUAAGAGUAAGAGAGGCAAGAAAAUGUCCAGUGAUGGUGAGGGGCCAGAAGAAAGGAAAGCAGCUGGUAUAGACCAGUGGCUAGAGGUGUUCUGUGAGCGGGAGGAAAAGUGGGUAUGUGUGGACUGCGUGCAUGGUGUGGUGGGCCAGGCUUUGACAUGUUACAGAUACGCCACCAAGCCCAUGACCUACGUGGUGGGCAUUGACAAUGAUGGCUGGGUCCGGGAUGUCACCCAGAGGUAUGACCAAGCCUGGAUGACAGCGACUCGCAAGUGCCGAGUUGAUGCCAAGUGGUGGGCAGAAACCUUAAGACCCUACCAGAGCCCAUUGGUGGAAAGGGAAAAGAAAGAAGACUUGGAGUUUCAGGCAAAGCACCUGGACCAGCCUUUGCCCACUGUCAUUGGCACAUACAAGAACCACCCUCUGUAUGCCUUGAAGAGGCAUCUACUGAAAUACGAGGCCCUCUAUCCUGAGACGGCCUCAAUCAUUGGAUAUUGUCGUGGAGAAGCUGUCUAUUCCAGGGAUUGUGUGCAUACUCUGCACUCCAGGGACACAUGGCUGAAACAAGGAAGAGUGGUGAAGCUUGGAGAAGUGCCCUACAAGAUGGUGAAAGGCUAUUCCAACCGGGCCCGGAAAGCCCGCCUUGCUGAGCCCCAGCUGCAGGACCAUAAUGACCUGGGCCUCUUUGGCAAGUGGCAGACAGAGGAGUACCAGCCACCUGUGGCUGUGGAUGGCAAGGUCCCCCGGAAUGAAUUUGGGAAUGUGUACCUCUUCAUGCCCAGAAUGAUGCCUAUUGGCUGUGUCCAGAUGCAUCUGCCCAACCUGCAACGCGUCGCUCGUAAGCUGGGCAUCGACUGUGUCCAGGCCAUCACCGGCUUUGAUUUUCAUAAUGGAUACUCCCAUCCUGUAACUGACGGGUACAUAGUCUGCGAGGAAUACAAAGAUGUGCUCCUGACUGCCUGGGAAAAUGAGCAGGCACUCAUUGAAAAGAAGGAGAAGGAGAAAAGGGAGAAGCGGGCUCUAGGAAACUGGAAGCUGCUGGUUAAAGGACUGCUCAUCAGGGAGAGGCUGAAGCUUCGCUAUGGGGCCAAGAGUGAGGCAGUAGCUCCCCACACAGCAGGAGGUGGACUCUCUUCUGAUGAAGAGGAAGGAACCAGCUCUCAAGCAGAAGCAGCAAGGAUCCUGGCUGCUUCCUGGCCCCAAAACCGAGAGGCUAAAGAAGAGCAGAAGCUGAAGUGCCCUAAGAAAACCAAAAGGGAAAAGGCGGCAACUUCCCACCUGUUCCCAUUUGAGAGGUUAUGAUGUGAGUGGCCACCUCAUGAUAGGAUCUGCCCCAUGGCCUGACACCUGCUGCAGGGGCUGCCCAGCCCCUGAGGCAGUGGUGUCUCCACUAAGAAGGCAAACAAGCAGUAUGAGCUACAAACAAGGAUCCAGGGGACAGGAGGGUCCAAUUGGCAGAUCUGGUCUGGCCCCAGUCCUUGUCAGAUUCACUCAGUAUAGGGCCUUUAAUCCCACACCCUAUGCCUUGAGCUAUGGAAUACUUCCCAUCCUACACAUAGACCUGGUUCUUCCCAUCUUUGGAAACAUGAGUCAAUUUUUUAUAGAAACCACUGGGAAAUUUUCGCAUGGUGGUGCAUUAGGAAUGUACCAGUCCUUUUUUCCAGGCAGAUUCUUCAUCUGUCAGACACUUGUGCUCUUGCCUCUCUUGCAGACUUCAGACCCUCUCUGCAGGCCACUCAUUUCCCUCAGUUAGGUUUACUAAUAGUGCCUCAUGCUGCCUCUUUAUGGUAUGGGAAGCACAGGUCAUCUCAGAUUGUCGUCUUGUUGGGAUCUACUUUUCAAAGUUACAUUUUAUGAUGGCAGAAGACUAGAAUUUAGAAUUAAGAGCCAAAAUCAGGAAGAACAAAAAGGGAAAACACUAACUCAGAAUUAAAGAAAUAUUACUAAAAGUGGAUCAGUGUUAAACUAGAAUUUCUUUGUUACUGGAUAAAUUUUAUAAGGUUGUAUAUACUGUAGAUAUU